CAAGUUUUGUCACAUGUAAUUGCUCCCCUAACAUUUUUGGGAAGAGAAGUGAAUGAUAAAUAGUCGGAAAACAGAUUGUUUUUGAGUGCAUAUUUUGCCAGAUUAUGUGCCGCUGUGUUUUCUUCUCUGUAUAUGUGGCUGGCAUUCCCAUGUCUUGUUUGUAGAAUUGUCUUUAUGUUGAAGCUGACUGAUUGCACUGCCCACCAUUAUUCCAUUGCCUACUGCCACAUCCGUGUUCACUGUGGUGUUAGUAGCUUGCCAUUUGAAGAUUCGAACGGCUGGUAUUUCAAAAGCUAUGAUUCCAGGAGCAAUUUUCUUCUGUGGAUUGUUGCUUGUAGUGUGAUCUUGCCACCAGGUCAUCAGGAGGUCAUUGCAGUAGUUCUUCUUAUUGAUUCCUCUGUGGAUUUGAGUGCCCAGGUGAGCAGGGAAGUGGUUAAGUUGAACCCAGACCGGAAAGAUUGGAGAUUCCUUGGCCGGCGAGUAGGAUGGUGUCCAUUUGGAGAUGGAGAUGAUGAGCCCUUUAAUGGACCAACGCCUGCGAGAGAACCAUCGGAGAUAGUCUCCCUCCCGUUUGAAAAUGAAGAGUAUAUCACGGUUGCUGAUUCUGCGCAAUUUGAACUCGCUAUAACCCCCCUUGUCGAGGAAGUCUUCCAAUUCUUGGAUGUGAGGUCCAAGCUCUUCUCUGAUCUUUUCAAACAAUCACCUAAAACCAGCUCUCAGGCUAAUAAGAGUAUGUUCAAGGGCUGCCCGUCCAUAUCCUUCUCUCAAGCAGAUGUCGACGGACUAACAACUCGCUUCAGAUAUGCUUUGAUCGGGAAGUUCAGGAGAAGACCCCCUCUUUUGGUUGUUAAGAACUUCUUGACUCGUUUGGGUUUUUCCGGGGGGUUCACAGUGGGCGAACUCUUUUCCAACAGCUUCCUCAUCAAUUUCGAGCAAGAUGAAGACUACCAGAGAUUCUUUUAUCGUAAGGUUUGGACCAUUGGUAAGGAUACCAUGUCUGUAACCAAAUGGUCUCCAACCUUAACACAAGAAGAAGACUCCCCCAUUGUUCCAGUCUGGAUUUCCAUUCCUCACCUUCCAAUUCAUCUUCAUGAACAAGCUGCUCUUUUCAGUAUUGCCUCCAUGUUGGGGACCCCUUUAAAGGUUGACAAUGCUACCCUCAACUUCGCCAGACCCAAGUUUGCUAGGGUUUGUGUGGAACUUGACGUUUCCAGGAACCUCCACCAACGCAUUCAUGUCAAACAUGCUGAUGCUGAUCUCUUCUUCCAGGUUGUCUAUGAAGAUCCCCCUCUUUUCUGUAAUUCUUGCCGGAAACUGGGUCACAACCAACUGACCUGUAAGCCGGUCACACAACCGGCGAAAAGGGAUAUUCCAGCCCAUAAAGUCCAGGACAAUAACGACGACAAAGUCCAGCAGGGAUGGACCAAAGUCACUCGGAAGGGCAAGGCUCCAGCUAUUCCUAAACAGGGGGAUAUUUCCAAACCUGUCCCUCAUGUUUGGGCCCCAAAACCCACUAUAAGAGAAGAACAUGUAGAAACUUCCAAGACAGGUGCAAGAAGGAGGGCUCCAGUGUUUUUACCUUCCACUAAUGUUUUUUUCUUGGACCCUUCUGGGUUGGCUCAUUCAGAUUUACCUCCUCAUGCAGAAGGGACCCCAGGGUCAGAACCUCCUCUUGCAGAAGGGAGCCCAAUGUCAGAAUUGCCUACUCCAGGACCUAUUCGGGUUGACAGCCAAGAGGAAGAACACUUUGGUAACAUUUUUGACCUGGUGAAAGAAGCUGAAGAUGAGGCCUCUAUAGCUGAGAUUAACUUUGAGAAAGAUCCUUCAGAUACCAAUCAAGAGAUAUUUAAUCUUAAAAAAGCUCAGCUUUUGCAGGUGGGGAACUUGGAACAUAGCUACUGGAAACAGAAAUGUAAUCUCAAAUGGCUUAGGGAAGGUGAUGCCAAUACCAGAUUUUUUCAUAAUUUGGCCAAGGAAAGAAGAAGGCAGCAAAAAAUCAACUCCUUAAAGGAUGAGCAAGGGAAGUUUCAAGAAGAUCCAACAAUUUUAGAAGAUAUGGUUAGUUCCUACUACCAUAACAUGUUCAAUUCUGCUGAACCGGAUCCCUCUACAGUAGAUUAUGAUGGCUUCCUGGCAAACAUCCCUAAAAUUUUAGAUCAUCAUCAUAAUCAAGAUCUGAUGCAUUUACCAUCUGAAGAUGAGAUCAAAGCCAUCUUUUUUUACAUGGAGUCUAACUCUUGUGCUGGUCCAGAUGGUUUUAAUGUCAAUUUCUUUAAGGAAUGCUGGGAUAUAGUUAAGAGAGAGGUAAUUUCUGCCUGUCAAGAAGUCUUCUUGGGCAUUCCACUCCCCGUGGCUGCUGCAAGCACCAAUAUCUGCCUUAUUCCCAAAUGUGAUAAUGCAUCUAGACUGAAUGAUUUUAGGCCUGUAUGUUUAUCAACUGUUGCCUCUAAAAUUGCAACAAAAUGCAUUGCCAAGAGACUUAGCAAGGUGCAUCCUUUGAUCAUCUCUGAAGAACAAGGGGCAUUUGUGGCUGGUAGGGAUAUCAUGGAGCAGAUUCUUCUUACAAAAGAAAUGGCCCAUAACAUUGAUAGAAAAGCUGGGGGUGGCAACAUUAUCCUCAAGCUUGACAUGGCCAAAGCCUUCGAUAAGUUAAAGUGGUCCUAUCUCUUGGAUAUACUCCAUAGAAACAGCAUUCUUGUCACCCACUUGGCUUAUGCCGAUGACCUCAUUAUCUUCACCAAUGCUCAUCUCAGAUCUAUUUCCAAUUUGAAGACAUUCUUGGCUAAAUAUCAACAGGUCUCUGGUCAGACUAUUAACUCCUCUAAGAGCAGCUUCAUGGUUGGGAAGAAGUUUAAUACUAUGAGAAUUAGGAAGCUGGAACAACUCCUGACCAUGCCACACAGAAAGCUCCCUUUUACCUACCUGGGUAGCCCUAUCCACUCUGGCAUCACAAGGAAACACCAUUGUACACCUCUCAUUUCUUCCUUUGACAAGAAACUCAAUGGAUGGUAUCAAAAAAACUUGGAUCAGGCAGGAAGAUUAAUCCUUAUUAAUCAUGUGCUCAAUACCAUUCUUAACUACUUUUUGGCUGCAAACACUGUUCCUAGAUCCAUCAUCAACCUUCUUCAUCAAAAGAUGGUAGGGUUCUGGCGGGGUUGUGGCCAGAAGAAGCAUCAUUGGCUGAAGUGGGAAUCUCUUUCUUUACCAAAAGAGGAAGGUGGUAUUGGCACUAGAAACUUCCAAUCCUUGGAGGAGGCCUUUAGUCUCAAAUUAUGGUGGAAAUAUCAACAUAAUAACAGCCUCUGGGGGAGAUUCAUGAGGGCCAAAUAUCAUAGGCGGGGAGAGAUGGAAUGUCACUUGGUGGACUCCCCUACCUGGACAAGGAUCACAAGGACUAAUGUCAAAGCUCUCAAUCACUGCCAUACUACCGAGGAGGAAGCAUUUAUUUGGAAUGAGGACCCAUCUGGGCAGUUCACCCUUAAGAGUGCUUAUGAGGUUUCCAGGACUAAUUCUAGCCCUUCUCUUGCGUUUCAUAAUAUUUGGGAAUCCCCACAGAAGUCCAAGAUCAGCAUCUUUAUGUGGAAACUUUUACGCAAGUGCCUGCCAAUCACUGAAAACCUUCGAAGGCUUGGUUUUGCUUUCCCUUCUGUUUGUCCUUUCUGCAUGAAUUCAAGCCUCACAGCAAAACAUUCCCUGAUUGAUUGUGCUAAGAUCGUGGAUAUUUGGAGACAUUAUGCUAGAUGUCUAAACUUCCUCCACACAGAAUCUUCUACUAUCAACCAACACUUCAUGAACUGGUGGUUGAGGGACACACCUAACCUUUACGGGCUACUGCUUAAACAUCUGCCAGGGAUAAUCACGUGGCACAUCUGGAAAAAGAUGAAUGAGAUCAUUUAUGGGAAAUGUUCCAAUUUUAGCACUCUAAGUCUUAUUCAUCAGAUUGAUUCGUAUACCAAACAAUGGUUGUCCAUCACGACUCCCCGCAAACUUCAACAUUUUGACUCCUGGUUAUUCUCACAUAAUCUUAUACCCAGGUUCACAUCUCACAACUUCGUUCGCAUGGUUAAAUGGAAGGCACCUCCUACGGGUAGGCUUAAACUCAAUGUUGAUGCCUCCUAUACCACAACACAUCAAAGAGGUGCAGCUAUUUUAAGAGAUGCAGAAGGAAGACUGGUCCGUGGGGCUUCCUUCAAACUACACUCUAGGAGUGCCUACCAAGCUGAAGUGGAUGCCGCUAUUAAAGCAAUCAGAUGGGCCCUUUUAAUUUCCAAUUCUCUGAUUUAUGAGACUGAUGCUAAGUCCAUUAUUUCCAGGAUUCCAUUGUUCAGUAAAAAUUCAGUCUCCUCUUUCCCAAUUGACGUUUUGGGUCAACUCAUUCUUCAAAAUGGGAUUCAAGUUUCUCACAUUUUACGGGAAGGGAACUGCUGCAGAUGGUCUCGCAAAGAAGCGAAGGUACGCAUUGGUGUUCUAGAGAAGCAACCAGCCGCUUGACUUUUCAUACUCUCCUGCUCUGCUAGCGUAGAUUCAAGCCGUGACCGACAAAAACUCCACGCCGUUUCUUACCAUGUUCCAGCAUAUAGAGAAUGUUGUUGGCAUUGAAUACAAAAUGGAUCUUCUGUUUUUUGUGCAAAAGGGAGGCCAACUGCAAAGUCCACAUUGAUUAGAGAUAUGGUACACAAGCCGGCAUACUUUGUUCCUUGACUGGGACCAGUCGAGGGGUGUUGUCGAAGAGUUGAUGCUCAUAUUUGGAAAUUUUACAUCAUAGGUGAUGAAGAGGAUGGAACAUGGAGACCACUGCCAAAUCCUGAAUAUAAGGGCCCUUGGAAGUACAUCGAAAAUAAUUAUGAAUCCAAACUACAAUCGUAGAAAGCCUAAUUAAUUGAAUUGAAUUCUGCCAAUUCCAAUUCAUUUUUUGCACUAUCAAUUCCAAAUCCACAUAAUUUUUGUGCUACCAAACACGAGAAUUGGAAUUGAAGCCCUCAAUUCCAAUUCCAUAGUUUGAAUUCCGUGUACCAAACGGGGCCUCAAGGGAAAAAGUAUUAUGCUUGAGCUAUCAAUAUACUCGCAAAUUUUAGAUCAUCACUACUUGAUGUCACAAUACCAUACCCGAUUUAUCGACUUCUUCUCCAUCCUUCCAUGAAAACUCUGUAGUUCAAUUAUAAAAGAAGGAUUUUGUUUGUAUAUCUUCUCUCAUAGGCUUCACGAUAUCUAAAGGGCAGUUCAUUUCUUAGCCCUGCCUCAUCCCUUCAAUUUGCGGCAUUCCUAGCUACCAAGAUUUUUUCCCCCACUUAGUCGAUUAAUGAUGUUUGACAAUAACAGAGAACAAUUUGA